CAGAGCCGCAUCAACAACAACCACCAUCACCGCCUUCCCCCACGAACCCCACCAAUAUCGCUGCCAAUCUCCUAAUACCCUACCCGGCGAUACUGAGUCCACAUCCCCAAGAUGCCCGCCACCACAGCUGAGACGCUGUCGCUCGUGACCCGCAACGUCUCCGUCGCGCCUCUCGUCCUCCUCUCGGCAGCAGAUCACUACGGCCGACAAGCAAAGGGAACCAAGAGGAGAGUAGUCGGUGUACUCCUCGGACAGAACGACGGCAAAAAUGUGCGGGUAUCCAACAGCUUCGCGGUACCAUUCGAGGAAGACGAGAAGGACCCAUCAGUAUGGUUUCUAGACCACAACUACGUCGAGUCGAUGAACGACAUGUUCAAGAAGGUCAACGCGCGGGAGAAGCUCAUCGGCUGGUAUCACACAGGUCCUAAGCUGCGGGCGUCGGAUCUGGAGGUCAACGAGCUGUUCAAGCGAUACACACCGAACCCGCUACUCGUCAUCAUCGAUGUACAGCCAAAGGAGGUGGGCGUACCUACAGAUGCCUACUUUGCGGUGGAGGAGAUUAAGGAUGACGGCACAACCACCUCCAAGACCUUCGUCCACACACCCUCAAUAAUCGAAGCCGAAGAGGCCGAGGAAAUCGGAGUCGAGCACCUCCUCCGCGAUAUCCGCGACGUCGCCGUCGGCACCCUCUCCACACGCAUAACCUCACAACUGCAAUCGCUCCAAGGCCUGCACCUACGGUUACGAGACAUAGGCCAAUACUUGCAAAAAGUGCUCGACGAAGACCUGCCCGUCAACCACGCCAUUCUCGGCAACCUGCAAGACGUCUUCAACCUGCUGCCCAACCUCUCCACACCCAAGGCCGCACCUGUCGGUGGCGCAACAAAUGGUGUUGGAUCCGCUGCGGGCCAGGCAGGCGCAGUCGACAACGGCGAGCUAGCCCGCGCUAUGAGCGUCAAGACAAACGACCAGCUCAUGGCUAUCUACCUGUCUAGUUUGAUCCGCGCAAUUACCGCGUUCCACGACUUGAUCGAGAAUAAGAUACAGAACAAGCAGCAGGCGGAAGAUAAGGAGGCGAAGAAGGAUGAGGGUAAAGAGGGUGACAAGGAGAAGAAGGAGGGAGAGAAGAAUGGCGAGGUCAAGGAGGGGGAGAAGGGCAAAGAGAAGGCCAAGGAGGAGACGAAGAAGAAAUAAGCGCAGAGCUGAGAAGCGUUUGAGGAGGAUGGAGGGUGAAGACAUGUGUAUUAUACUAUCUCGGCGCCGAUGUGAAGAAAGUAGGGUCGGAAGCGGCUUUCGGCUGCGAGAUCUGGGCAUGUUCAAGACAUGUUAUGGCAUAAUGGCAUGAUAGAUGUGAUAUGACGAAAGAACAUGACAUGAAGU